AUGACUGCAACAACAAAAGCGUCCGUGUCGCAAAUUCUUCGCCACAAAGAUGACUUGGGUGAAGAUGAUGACGAGCCCAAGAAGAAAUCACGCGAGGAUUGGCGUAAAGCUAAAGAGUUAGAAGAGGCGCGUAAAGCAGGAACAGCGCCUGCUGCAGUAGAUGAGACAGGCAAGGACAUAAACCCUCACAUACCUCAAUAUAUAUCAUCUGCUCCAUGGUACUAUGGAACAAGUGGACCAACACUUAAACAUCAAAGACCUCAGGCUGAUAGAGAAGGAAGUUUUACAAAGCUUGAUACCUAUUACAACAAGGGUGUGGAUGUUUCAAAAGUUUCAACCAAAUUCAGAAAAGGCGCUUGUGAAAAUUGUGGAGCAAUGACACAUAACAAAAAAGAUUGUCUUGAAAGGCCAAGAAAGAUUGGUGCAAAGUUCACAAGUGCAGGGAUAGCAUUAGAUGAAUUUAACCAACCAAACUUAAACUUAAGUUAUGAUGGCAAACGAGACAGGUGGAAUGGAUAUGAUCCAUCAGAACACAAAGCCAUAAUUGAAGAAUAUCAAAAGGUUGAAGAGGCUAAGAGAGAAAUGAGAGCUCAGAAAUUGGAAGAAGACCCUACUGCUGCUGAAGAUGAAGAUAAUGAUGGUGAAGAUGAAGAUAAAUAUGUUGAUGAAGUGGAUAUGCCAGGUACAAAGGUGGAUUCAAAACAACGUAUCACAGUACGAAAUCUUCGUAUACGUGAAGAUACAGCGAAGUACCUUCGUAAUUUAGACUUGAAUUCAGCAUACUAUGAUCCUAAAACUAGGUCUAUGAGAGAUAACCCACACCCGGAAGCCGCAGAAAGUGACUACGCAGGAGAGAACUUCGUCCGUCUGACAGGUGACACAGUAUCCCACGCCGCAGCACAAGUGUUCGCGUGGGAAGCGCAAGCGGCGGGAUUAGACGUACAUCUCUUGGCCGAACCAACUAAGUUGCAAAUGCUGCAGAAUGACUAUCAUCAUAAGAAGGAACGGUUUGAGGGACAGGUUAAACAAUCCGUUCUGGACAAAUAUGGCGGCGAGGAGCACUUAAAAGCACCGCCUCGUGAGUUACUUUUGGCACAAACAGAAAUUUUCACUCAAUAUAAUCGAGACGGUACGCUUGUUACAGCAUCUGAGAAACAAUGGCUGAAGAGUCAAUAUGAAGAAGACGUUCUUAUAAAUAACCAUACGUCAGUUUGGGGAUCGUAUUGGAAGGAUGGCCAGUGGGGAUACAAGUGUUGCUAUUCAUUUAUUAAGAUGUCUUAUUGUGUGGGUGAAGCAGGCAAAUCUGUUGUAUUAGAUGUACAAGAACCAAGUAUUUCUGAUAAAAAAGCCGCACCAAAAAUAGAGAAAUCUUCAUCAUCCAGCUCAGAGUCCUCAUCGGAAUCUGAAGAAAAAAAGAAAAGUAAGACAGAGAAGACAAGCAAGAAGAAGAAAAAUAAGAAGAAAUCAAAAAAGAAGAAGAAGAAGACGCUUGAAAAAGAAAAGAAAACAGAGGAUAAAUUGAAGAAGGCUUUAGAAAUGGAGGAACGAAAUCAAAGGCAUGCUGAAUACUUAUUAUCUAAAGAUGAAAGAAAGCGACCCUACAACAGUAUGAUUGAAGUAAAGGAGCCAACUCAAGAGGAAAUGGAAGCUUUCAUGAUGAAGAGGAGAAGGGAUGAAGAUCCUAUGAGCCAGUUUAUGUCAUAG